CUAGGAAGAUGCAUUCGCCAUAAGCAAGACUGGGGAGCUAUUCUAUUGAUAGAUGAACGGUUUAACAAGUCUCCAAAGUAUACAAACGGGAUAUCCAAAUGGGUCCGAAAGAGAAUUGCAAAGUUUAACAACUUUAAUGAGGCUAUGUCGUCCUUGAAAGAAUUUGCAACUGUGCGUAAACUAGAUCCAUGCCCUUCCGGUAGCAGCCCGGGCUCACUCAGCCAGUUGAGCAAAAGCACAGUGGAGACUCCAGCUAAAGAGCAAGGCGUUCACUUUCGCACUAAACCACUUGAGGACGACAGACUGUCUCCACAGCUUGAUCCCAGCAGAACUCCGGUUCAACACACUGGUACUAAACCAUUUGCCGAGCAAACAUCGCCUGUCAAUUAUCAAGGAAAUAAAAUCUCUGGGUUUAUGCCUGCGUCUCAUUUGACCCCUUCGGCACUCUCUGAAGCCACUCCCCAUGGCGUAUCUCUUAGUGUUGAGAGGGCUGCCUCAAAACUUGCGCAAUUCAAGCGGAAAAGUGUUGGUCAAGACAAGAGCGAGAAGCACGUUUUCAAAGGGAUGGAAUCGAUUUCUGAUUUUACACCAAGAAAUGGCGGAAAUGUUUUAUCAAGUAAGCGCAAUGAGGUAAAUGAGGACAAGAAAUUUGUCAACCAGGUGUCGGUUGGGAAAGUUGACUUUAAUCAUACCAGCGAAAACCACUCAAAUGAACAGCUGUCUUACUCUCCUGUUCUGUUUGCUACGCCCCAGUCCAGUCCUUCGCCUUCACCAGUUAAGCAGGAAUUUGACACGUAUAAACCAGUUGAAAGAGAAGUGAGGACAGAUGUAAACUCUUCGAACAUGAAUUCCUUCUGUAACACAUCAAGUUAUGCUAAAACUGUAGAAAAUGGAUACAGUGAUCUAAGCAAAAGUUCAAUCCAGGUGUCAAAAGAUAUCAGUGAUUUCGAAGAAUCGGGAGGCCAAGGCUUCGCUGUUAAGGAAAUUCCCUGCGAGGUAAAAGAAGAGAGUAAGCCACGUGACUUCUUAGACGAGGUUGAAACUGAUUUUCCCUUGGAUAAUUCUGAGUUGGCAAACCGUUAUGUAGACUCAAAUGUGGGUGCGAAGAAAUGUUUCGAUGGGAAAAAUUGUAAAUCUGAGAUGCCGAGCAACGUUCGACAGGGACGGAGAAAGAGUUCGAGGCUCAGACGAUCUUCAAAUGGCACCGGGUGCACUGAGAAGGAACAGAAAGAAGUAUGCGAGGAAAAACCAGAGGUUAAAGGUGGCAAUCCAAUACUGAGUUGUGGCCGAUGUGGAAGCAACCUUGUUGCAGGUCGCGUCGUUGUUAGACCCUUCCCACAAAAGAUUCCGGAAUUACUGCGGAGCUCUUUUAGGAUGUUGGAAACAAUUGAUGACAAAAGUAUCAAUGUUAUCGACAAGGGGGCUUGCGAAAUUUUAAACCUGGGUUACCCGGUUGCAGAUGCAAAAAACGAUGACUUUUCAGGUGUGAAUUCUGUUUUCGUGCCAGAAAGCGAGAUCUGCUACAUCCCUCAGGUCUGCAAGGUGUGCCAGUCUACAAGAGAUGAAUCACACAUCGUGGGCUUACAAGUGGUAUCCUUCAGAACGUUUUCUGAAGAGGUCUGGCUAUUUCCUAGUAUCGUUUUUAAUCGUCAACCAUCGAGCCACCAGAACUGAAAAGACCUGGCUCAAUCGUAUCUCUGCAACUCGACUCUGUUUUGUCUCUGAAACACGUCAUGAAUAAAAUUAUUUGAUAUAAUGUGAUUAUGGCUCGGCCAUUCCAUCACUCUUUUACGUGGUUGCUUGUUGCAUUAACUGACUUCUUUUGUUUUGUUUUGUUUGGUUGUUUUGUUUUGUUUUGUUUUGUUUUGUUUUUUGGCUUCAGUGCGGUUAUUUGGUACUUAUUGACUCACAUUCCCCGCCCAGCUCUUGUCACAUUUUAUUCCAACAAGUGACCAGCAUCUUAUUUCUCCUCACACUACCACUGGUAAAUCACACAUUGAGGUCACGGGAAUAUAGGAAAUGAUCACCAACUAAAUGUAAAAUGUAUAGAGAACAGUAUGGAGAAUAUGCAUACUGAUGUAAGGGUUAAUUGUAAGCCCCAAGGUAUGUUCUAGAGGGUGCGACUUUUUGAUGAAUCAAUUACAUUUUUGCAAGCAGUGCAUGUACACAUUUGCCUUGUGGGUGGCUCGGCUAAUCCGUCUCGAAAAAGACUUAAACAGAAGGGAUGCAAAUGUACAGUUUUGCAGUAUAUUAACAAUAUUGA